AUGGCAGAUUUCGCUGACUUGAAACCUAUAAUCACGAACUCGAAACGCUCGGGCCGUCGCCGGCAGCGAGGCUCUUCUGGUCCGUCAAAGCCAGAACCAGCGACUGUCGAUGCAGACGAAACUGCGGAUGAACUGGUGAUUGCUGGCAAGAAACCAAGACCAGUAGCAGGGACCCCGGUGCGAAAACGGCCCUCGUCUAAGUACUACGGCAUGGACGACUUUUAUCUGGACCACGAGACAAUGGAUGAGUACACGUGGACGGCGCUGGUUGGAUUCAGCGCGAUCAGGGUCGGAUCACCGAUGAUUUUCAUUCUACACUGCACUUAUCUGCUGGCUGUUCUCUACUUCAAACACGGAUUCGCCAUCGACGAGGAGGCAUCGCAGACCAUACCGAAGCUGAUGCUGCCGCUGCUGGCAAAUCUUCUGCUGGUGCAUGUUUUCAACAAGUGGUAUUUUUCGACAAAUUACUACAGACUGCGGGAGCCGCACUGA